UAUCCAAAACCCAAAUCCUGCAAGCUAUCACCACAUGGCUAACUCACAUCAACAAGUUCUUCCCUUUAAUGCCCAAGCUGGCCAAAAACAAUCACAAGUAAUAGUGGUUAUGGUGCCUCUCCCAGCACAAGGCCACCUCAACCAGCUCCUCCAACUCUCAAGGCUCAUCCUUUCUUAUAGCAUUCCGGUCCACUUCGUCGGCACCACUACCCACAACCGCCAGGCCAAGCUCCGAGUUAACUUCUGGGAUGUACUCUUCAUGUCUAGUAUUCAUUUCCAUGACUUUGAAAUCCCUCCAUUUGCUUGCCCUCCUCCCAACCCAAAUGCCAAAAACAAGUUCCCUUCUCAUUUGAUACCUGCUUUCAACAGUGCCGCAUCUCAUCUUCGAGAGCCUGUGUCUGUGCUUCUGCGUUCGCUUUCUAGGAAAGCAAGAAGAGUUGUUGUCAUCCAUGAUUCUUUAAUGGCGUCUGUGGUUCAAGAAGUUGCAUUAAUAUCCAAUGCAAAUUCCUACGUUUUCCAUAGCGUAUCUGCUUUCACCAUUGCUUUGUUUCAGUGGGAAAGAAAAGGGAUGCAUAGUAUUCAAGAAAAUGAAGCGAUCCCAAAAGAGAUUCCCUCUCUUGAAGGUUGCUUCACUGAUGAGUUCUUGGCUUUGAUUGCUUCAGAGUAUCAGUACCAUAAGUUCAAUUCAGGGUGCGUGUACAACACAUGCAGAUUGAUAGAAGGUGCUUUCAUGGAGUUGAUCGAGAAACAACAGCAAGAAACAAUGGACAAAAGGACUAAGAAGUACUGGGCUUUAGGGCCUUUUAAUCCAGUGACUAAAUCUUCAGAGACUGAUCAAGGCUCAACUGGGAAACAUUUUUGCUUGGAAUGGCUAGAUAAACAAGCAAGAAACUCAGUAAUUUACGUAUCUUUUGGGACUACAACAGCCAUGAACGAUGAACAAAUCAAGAAUCUAGCUAUUGGGUUGAAGCAAAGCAACCAAAAGUUCAUAUGGGUACUGAGAGAAGCUGAUAAAGGAGAUGUUUUCAACGGAGAAAAUGAAAGAGAAGCUGAGCUUCCAAAAGGGUAUGAGAAUUCAGUAGACGGCAUGGGAUUAGUGGUGAGAGAUUGGGUACCCCAACUGGAGAUUUUAGCCCACGAAGCAACAGGAGGAUUUAUGAGUCACUGUGGUUGGAAUUCUUGCAUGGAGAGCAUCACCAUGGGAGUUCCAAUUGCCGCUUGGCCAAUGCAUUCAGAUCAACCGAGAAACGCAGUCCUUAUAACUGAGUUGCUCAAGAUUGGUGUUCUUGUUAAGGAAUGGGCUCGCAGAGAUGAGAUUGUUACAGCAAAUAUGGUUGAACAUUCUGUGAAGAAGCUAAUGGCUUCAGAUGAAGGAGAUGGGAUGAGGAAGAGAGCAGCAGAAUUGUGUGAGGCUGUGCGUCGAUCAAUGGUUGAAGGUGGAGCUUCUCGCAUGGAGAUUGAUUCUUUCAUUGCUCAUAUCUCAAGCUAAGCUUUGGCUAGCUUGCUUGGUUAUAAAUUUUUCUCGUAUUUGAUAUUUCCAAUCAAAUUGGAACGAAUCUGAAGAAUGUAAGAUGGAAUUUGAAAUUGUAAUGAUUAGUCAAUUUCAAUUGUAGAAGGUUUGAUGAAUAUGUUCAUAUUUUUCUUUUCUUUGUGCAAAUCAUUUCAAAUUAUUAUGUGGUGACUUGUAAAAAAAUU